AUGGCCGCAUGGCUAUUUGACAGUGGUUGUUCAGCUGAUCAAACGGAAACUAAUACUGAUACACUCAUCGAAAAACUUAAUAUUAACAAAAUCAAUUUAAACUAUGAAGAUUUGGAAAAAGAACUGAGUUCUCUCCGAGUUACGUUUGAGGAAACAGAGGCCCGGCAAAAUUUGACUUUAGAAACCAACACGGUAACCAACGACGCACUAACUGAGAGAAAUGAGAAACUGUUUUAUCACAAUGAACCUUCAUCAAAUAUGCCAAAAAACAAUGUGGAAUUAUCAAAGAAUAUGGAGAAGAGUAAAAAACCAUCAGAUGACAAUAAUGCAAGAUAUAAAUGUGAAUAUGAAGGCUGUGAACGUACAUACAGUACAGUUGGCAAUUUGCGUACUCACAUGAAAACACACAAAGGAGAAUACAGGUUCAAAUGUCCUAUUCAAAUGUGCAAUAAAGCUUUUCUCACUUCAUAUAGUUUGAAAAUACAUGUACGAGCACACACUAAAACAAAACCGUUUGCUUGCACUAUAGGGAACUGCAAGAAAGCAUUUAAUACACUAUACAGGCUCAGGGCACACCAAAGAUUACAUAGCGGUGACACAUUUAACUGUCAAGCUGAUGGUUGUUCUAAAUUCUUCACAACACUCAGUGAUUUGAAAAAGCAUAUACGCACACAUACGCAAGAGAGACCUUACAAAUGCAAAACAGACGGUUGUGGCAAAUCUUUUACGGCAUCCCAUCAUUUGAAAGCGCACAAUAGAACCCAUUCUGGGUCGCGGCCGCACGCAUGCGUGGAACCUGGUUGCGGUAGACUGUUUUCUACCAUCACUAGCCUCAGGGCACACGCUAAAAGACAUCAGGCCGAUUCAGAGACGCAUAUAACUGAACUUGAACAAGCCAAACCCACAAAUGAUUUUAUGAACUGGGACAGGCUUCUGGAAUCGUUUGGCAAAUUCACCACAGAAUGCCGGUCAACAAACGAGAGCUUAGAGAAUAUCACGAGAGCUAACCCGCUCAGCAAUAAUAGCAAUGUAGAUAUAAGCGAGCUCCUUUUUUAUAACCCUACUAACAUAUCGAAACCAAUCGAAUACGAUUUAACGAAUAUUAGAGUGUCACCUUUUGAGGUGGAGAAAGAUAAGAAGAAUGAUUGGAUUGAUGUUUGCGGUUUAGAACCAAUUGUGACUACUUUACCUUCAUCAAUAGAUGUUGUUGCAUCAUUACCGACACCUAUUGAUAAUCCUACCUCAUUACCAGUGACCAUCGAAACUAAUGCUAAAAUUGAUGGAAAAUCUAAAGCUAUGCAACUGGCUUUAGCCAACGAAAUAGAGGUUCAAGCUCCUUGGGUUGAUGUUAGUGCUCUGGCUGCUUCUAUAUCAGAAACUCCGGUCAGCAUCAAAGAGGAGACACCAGAGAGUAUUUUCACUCUAGCCACCUUCGUGCCUACUCAUAUGCAAAGUUACAUUGAUUUAAAUACUGAGGCAGCUCCUACUGCUAAUGUGAUGACGCAAGAAUCUUUACAAUUGGAUACUCCGAGUAUACUGGAUGUCGGCGAUAAGGUAUUCAAUGACAGUGAGUUAGUCACAAAUUUCGAAGCCAACAAAUUGGAUACAGAUAUUGACAAUUUCCUGAAAGAGACUGUUGAAGAUAGAACACUUAAUACUCCACCCCCAUCUAAAGUGCAACAAAAUAUUGAAAUAAACCCAGCAAAUUCUGUUUUGUUCAACACAGAUCUUGAUUUAGAAGAUACUCUGUUGUUUGACAACGAACCACCUUCUGAUAUGUAUGUGGUUAGGACAGAGAACAUAUUUGGGAAAGAAAUUGCUAAGCGAAAUGCUCUUGAGCAAUUGGCUGCUGAUGCUGGAAUUUGUUCGUGUACAAAAUGUGAGUGUGACCCAUCGAACGGUGAAUGUAGGGAUUGCGGUGAGAACGAACCGAAAAAAGGUCAAGGUUGUUCGGAAGAUAAAUGUUCGUGUGUUGAUUGCAAAUGUGAUCAUGCUGCAAUGAAAUGUGCUGUCGGUUGCGGUCGAGCAACUGACACGAAUCACAAUACAUUUCUUCAUUAUCACAAGAGGCAUGCUAAUUCUAGUUUGGAAGAAUUGGGUGUGUUCACACUUCACGAAUGCGAUGAAGUAUCACCCACUACCGAGAUAAUCGACACUUUGAAGUGCUCUUGUUCGAACGGAUCUGUGCAAUGUAAAACUGACGAUACCAAAGACAUUUGUCCAUCUAAAAGUUCGGAAUCGUGUUGCGGAAGUGGAAACUCCAAAUCCUGCUGUGUCACAAUAUGUUUUAAAAAAGUAGAUGCUUUCAAACAGUUUCUAAACGAUAACGACUUGGUGCACGCACUGAGAGCUCACAAUUUCAAUAUGUCAACGAGUUUAUAAUCGCUUGUAGUUCGCUUUAAAAUUCUCUGCAUUUAAUACUGUACAAAAGCAUUGUUCCUUGCAUUGUAAUGUUAUAGGUCGCAAAUGGAAAAUCGAGUUUUUAUUGUUUUCAUAUAUAUAUAUUUAUAUUUAGUUUUUCACGUUCAAUUUUCAAGGCACCCAUUUAUCAUGAAAAAGUGGUUUAAAUUAUCACGUUUUGGUUAAUAGACGACUUUGA